CGAAAUGAGAACAAACCCUUACUCCCUAUCGAGAAAUGUCUCUCUCCCUGCAGAUAAAGCGUAUAUAUUAUCUACCCUCUUUCCCCGUGCUCGAAAUGAAAGGUGCGAUGUUUGCUUGUGGAUUCCCAAACUGCUUCACCUUAGCUAGGCCCGAGCUCGAACAAUCCGACUGUUUAAGACAUCCCCUUAAAUCCUCUGGCACGUAAACACAACGAGACAAGAUAAGGAGCACGACAACCACCUCGACUACUUACCCUUCACACGCAACUCUUCCCUUCUACUUUCUUUCCUCACCUCCAGAAGUAGAACUCCACCGACUCACCGAAAACGAAAAGAAACAUCACCACCAUCAACAACAAUGGCCGGCCCACCGCCCCCUCUCCCGCCCUACAUCGUAACCUUCGGCCCCAAGUCAAAUUGCACCCUCGACAUCUGCCCGCUUGAGUACAGCCUGUACAAGUACCGCCCCAACCUGGCCGUCAACAUCCUCUUCCUCGCCCUCUUCGCCCUCGCCGGCGCUGUCCACGUCGUCCUCGGCAUCAAGUGGCGCCAGUGGUGGUUCAUGGCCUUCAUGCUCGCCGGCUGCCUCAGCGAGAUUGUCGGCUACGUGGGCCGCAUCGUCAUGUACAAGAACCCGUUCGAGUUCAUCGCCUUCAUGCUCCAGAUCGUCUUCAUCACCAGCGGACCUGUGUACUACACCGCCGCCAUCUAUGUUACCAUUUCAAAGGCCAUCGAAUCCUUCGCCCCAGAGCUCUCCCGCAUCCCCACAAAGUACAUCUACUGGCUCUUCAUCUCCUUUGACGUCUUCUGCCUCGUCCUCCAGGCCGCCGGCGGCGCCCUGAGCACCACCUCCUCGGGCAGCUCCGACGUGGGCGUCGACCUCGCCAUGGCCGGCCUCGUCAUCCAGGUCAUCGUCCUCGUCGCCUUUUGUUCGCUUUUCGCCGACUACAUGAUCCGCUACACGCGGUCCGACGUCGCGCGGGCGCUGACGCGUCGCGAAAAGACGUUUUUCGGGUUCCUCGCGCUGGCGGUCGUGCUUAUCCUCGCGCGGUGCGCCUACCGUGUCGAUGAGCUUAGUGAAGGGUAUUCGAAUUCGGAUAAGAUUACGAAUGAGGGGUUGUUCAUUGGGUUGGAGGGAGUACUCGUCAUCUGCGCUGUCUUUUCACUGUGCCUUGGACACCCCGGGCUCCUGUUUGGCAAGCCUCAGGCUUCGAAUGGUGUGAGAAAGGAGUCGAGUGUAGAGAGCGGCACCGAGAGUGCUGCGGCUGAGGUGGAGCGCAAGUGAUUUCAGAUACCAUUCUGCAGAGCGGGACUCGAUUUAGCAGUGUAUUUUCUCUUUGCGUUACUCUUUCUCGUUGAUUUACACGUUGAUGAGCGGACAUCGAAGCGUAGCUCUGUUGCUCUCACCUUGAUUGGUUUUGGGUUUCCUACGGCAUUAGAAGCGAUAUCAGUAUGACAUGAACACAUAGACACGGCGAUUAACGACACUAAAGACCAUUGAAUCAUAUCCAACAGGACUAGC